AUGAUGAGGUCGGGGGUAUGGGCGGAGCGAGGUCGGAAUGGUGCCGACGGAGAAGGAGAUGGUGACGAUCCCAAGUGCGCGCCCAGCCUGGCUUGGCCCCUUGCCUUGCCUUGCCUUGCCUGGCCUGGCCUGGCCUGGCGCGGCACGCCUGCUUGUCUCGGCUUCUUGUCCGCGGCACCCAAGCAGCACGGCAGCCUGCGCAGGCGUAGGCCCAAGCUGGGCCCCGUCUCCCGGACCAGGGGCCGACUGACCGACCACAUGGCUGCUCGGGAUCGUCGGAUGGCCCGGCCCCGACGUCGAUCCUGGACUUGCGCUGUUGCUCUAGCUUCCGACCACCACCAUCUCGACUCGUUGGCCUGCUCUGUCGCUAUCGCUCUGGCACUUUACGACCACGAUCACGACCACGACGACUCCCAUGCACCACCCAACGACUAUUGCGCCACGGUGACGCCCUCUUCCCUAGCCCUCAAAAUGGACGACAAGACCGCCUCCUCCGCCGACCACCAUGACAGCCGCAGGGGAUCGAGGCACCGACCAGUCGCCGAGGCGCCCAGGUUCGGCGUCAUGUGGGAGGUGAUGCGCACCAUUGGCGACCUCUCGCUGCCCACCUUUUUCUCGUCGGUCGCCGUCGAGGGGCUCGACAAUGUGCCGCCCUCGUCGGACCCGCUCAUCAUCUGCUCAACCCACCACAACACCAUCCUCGAUGUCGCCAUCCUCUCGUCGCACAUGCCGGGCCGCCGGCCGCUCCACUUCUGGGCCAAGUCCGGCCUCUUUGUCAACCCCAUCUCCAACUUCAUCCUCACCUCGAGCGGCAACAUCAAGGUCGACCGCAGGCACAAAAACAACCAGGCCCUCUUCCAGGGCACCUUCCACGCCAUGAACCGCGGCGGCGCCAUCGCCCUCUUCCCCGAGGGCGGCAGCUACUCCAACCCGGCCCUCACCAAGCUCAAGGCCGGCGCAGCAUGGGCCGCCCUCGAGUAUACCCAGCACCUCCGUCUGCAGGAACAGCAUUCGCAGGAACAGUCGUCGCAGGAACAGGAACAGGCGCAGCAGCACGGACCGCCGACGUCGGCCGCAUCCGACUCCCUCGGUCGAGCCGUAAAGAUCCUGCCGGCGGCCAUCGUCUACUCGGACAAGAGCCGCUUCCGCAGCCGCGCCAUCCUGCGCUUCGGCAAGCCCAUCACGCUCGACGCCUACGUCGAUGAGUUCCUCUCGUCUCCCGUCUUUCCCGGCUCCGAUGGAUCCCGCGACGCCCGCGCGUCAUCGCCCAACGUCAAGGACCCAUCGGCCGAGCCAUCGCCGGCGCACAAGGCGGUGGCUAGGCUGACGGCCGCCAUUCAGGCCGCCAUCGAGGGCAUGACGUUCAACGCGCCGGACUGGGAGAGCUUCCAGGCGGUGCGGGCGGCCAGGGAGCUCAUCUGGAACCUGCAGAGCGACGGCACCGGCGACAAGGACAUCGACAUGCGCAAGUUUGUCGCCGCUUCGAACGCGCUGCUCGCCGUCCUGACGCUGGACAGGGACGGCGCCCGGGCGCCAUCCGGAUCGCCCGUCCGCCGCGAGCUCUCGGAAGCGUCGAGGGAUGCCAGGAGGGCGCUGUUCGCGUAUGCCUGCUUGCUCCGCCUCUGCGACACCGAUAGCCGAGUCCUCUCGCUCGUCAUGCAGCGGCACGGGGGCGACUCGACCUCGACGGCGGCGGGCUCGCACGCCUCUCCGUCCCUGCCCGAACCUCGGGCGGCGUUGGCAGGGCUCUUCUCGGCGGUAAAGUCGCUCGUGAUCCGCCUGCCCUACCUUGUGCCGACGUUCCUGCCGACGCUGCUGCCCACCUACCUGCUGCCCUCGAGGAUCGCCCAUCAUUUCGCCAAGAAGGAGGAGGAGUCGCUGUCCUCUGUCAAGACGCUGGUGGGCUUCGGCUUCAGCCUGAUCCUCUACCUCUAUGGCCUCGUCGAGAUGACGAGCUUCACGCGGUGGAACCCGUCGGGCUUCUUCCUCGGCGCCGUGGGCAUCUGGUGGAUGGUCGAGCUGAACCGCUCCUGCGUCGACACGGCCUACAGCCUGCUGCAGCAAUGCCGUCUCGCCUGGGCCGUGUGGCGGGCUUCUGGCAAGGUCCGACCGGGUACCUCGGGCACCGCGGCCGUGCCCGAAGCGGAGGGGCGAGCGGGCCAGGCCAGGGCGAGCCAGGACGACGGAGCGCCCGCCGCGACCUCUGCAGCUGGGCGCGAGACGUUCAACCUGUUCUUCUACGGCACGCUGGUCCACCCCCAGGUGCUGUCGCGCGUCAUUGGCAACGACGGCGCGCACCUGACGGUGCAGAACGGCAUCCUGCCCAACCACGCCCUCUGCCACAUCAAAGGCCAAGACUACCCGGGCUUGGUGAAGCAGCAAGACCUGGCGCGCAUCUUCCCAGCAGCGACGGCCGCGCAGCUGGUGCAGUCCGAAAGGACGGCGGUCAAGGGGACGGUCGUGUGCGGCCUGACGGCGCAGGAUCUGCGCUGCCUCGACACGUUCGAGGACGACGAGUAUACGCGCAAGACGGUCGCGAUCACCCUCGACCCGGCGAGCGAGGCCUGCUCCAACGCCGCACGCCUCGCGCGCGGAGACGCCGAGCUCAACCUCGAGAGCAUCCUCGCGGCGCUGACGCCGGCUCGCAUCUCGCAGCUGCUCGAAGCGUCCCGCGCGCCCGGAUCGGGCGGUGUGGCCGGUGCGAGGCAGGUCGAAGCGCAGGUCUACAUGUGGACGGCGUCGCUCGAGCUGCUCGAGGCCAAGGUGUGGGAGUUUGACGAGUUCGCCCGCGAAAAGGCCAAGAACUGGGUGGGCCAGCGGUGGGAGGGCGGCGAGGCGGCGGCCGAGAUGGAGUUCGAGUACGAGAUCGUCGAUGCCGUCCGGGGCGAGGGGUCCUCGGCGGCCUCGUCGACGUCGGUUGUUGAAGCCCCGAUGCCGGACGCCCUCGUUGCAGGAGCGGCCAUGCCGCAGACGGAGCAAACAGACGCCGCGGGCGACGAGGACGAGGGCGAUGCUGCGACGAGGACAUGGCACGGCGCGGCCGCAUCGACCCUCUCGUCGCACGGCGCGACACGGGAAGCCAUCGCGCUGACCCUCUCGAGCCUGUCGAAGCAUCCGAGCAUCCAGUACUACGUCGACCAGGCGUUCUGCCGAGCGUCGUCAGGCGACAAGGCGGGCAAGAAGGUGCGACGGCCGAGCAAGAUGGACGCCCACCUCGUCGCUGCGCUCUACGCCAGCCGGUUCGAGGCCAAGAGGUCGUUGCAGAGGCUCGUCGAAAUCUCGGGCGUCCAGUUUGAGGAUGAGCGAGAGUGCGACGGCGAUGGCGGUGGCGACGUCGAAAAGGCGAUGCGGGUGCUGUGGGACUGCUCGGUACGUGCCGACGUCAACGGUCGAGCAGGGUGGCCAUUCGAGGUCGUGGACGCGACUGAUGCCGUCGAGGAUGGGGAGACGAAAAAGGAUCGGUGA